AAGCACUCGUGCAUGGCUCUUAUAGUUUCUCCUACAACGGUUAUUUUCAAUGCAAACGGAGGCACUGCGUUGGUGCAUCUUACUAAUCCAAGCCAAACCAACCUCGCCUACAGCAUCGUAUGUCUCAACAAGCAAAACUAUCACUUUGGAAAAAAGGAAGGACGGAUAAACGCAGGAGAGUCAAAAGAUAUAAAGAUCACCCGUACGAAGGGACCUCCAGGAAAAGAUGCUUUCCUGAUACAGUAUGCCAUCGCUGAGGAAGAUGGGAACAAUCAGCAAAGAACGAGCUGCUAUGUGAUAGGUGUCGAUCAGAUUUAUGUCAACAUGUAUGCAUAUCUUUGA